CUAACAGAGGGGGAAAAAAUCCCCCACCAAGCAGCCCCUGAAAUGAACUAGAACAGUGUCAUUGUUUGGCUAGCUGGAUUUAACGUACUACAAUGAAGAUACUGGUUUUCACUGGACUGCUCUCUCUUACCUGCAGUCUUUUCACAACAGAAUUUUCACUGAAUGGCUCUGCAAUUAAAACUGUGUCUCUUAUCAAGACUUUCCGUGGAAUUUCAGCAAGAGACUAUGAUUACAUCCCCCCUUAUGCUAUAGAAGGGGAGACAACAACCAUCCACAUCAGAGAACACAAAUGCUCUUCAAAAGGGUCAAAUGACUCCACUUUAACAGAAGUGAACAACACCACACUGCAGUAUCUGACCAGUUCUCUGAGCACCAAGCUAAUACCUGCUGUCUACCUCAGUGCUGUUUUAUUGGGUGUACCGUCUAAUGCUAUAAUUUUGUGGAUGCUGCUCUUCAGGAUCCGGUCUGUGUGCACUGCCAUCCUCUACACAAACUUGGCAGUUUCGGAUCUGCUCUUCUGCAUCAUGCUGCCCUUCAAAAUAGUGUACCACAUCAACGGGAACAACUGGAUUUUUGGGGAAAUUAUGUGUCGAACUACCACUGCCGUGUUUUACGGCAACAUGUACUGCUCCAUUCUGCUGCUCACAUGCAUCAGUGUCAGCCGCUACGUGGCCAUUGUCCACCCCUUCACCUACAAGAGCCUGCCAAAACGUGCCUAUGCCAUUGCGGUAUGUGCCACCGUGUGGACCAUUGUCUUCUUGUACAUGCUCCCGCUUUGCAUAAUGCAGCAAAGCUAUUACGUGAAACAACUGGGCAUUUAUACCUGCCAUGAUGUGCAUAAUGCCUGUGAAACAAUAUCUUCCUUCCAGUUCUACUACUAUGUUUCUUUAGCUAUCUUUGGGUUUUUAAUACCUCUUGCAACUAUUGUUUUCUGCUAUGUCUCUAUAAUACGAACACUCAAGACUCAUGAAUGGUUCUGGUACGUUAAAGUCAGUCUUUUGAUCCUUACCAUCUUUGCUAUUUGCUUUGUGCCAAGCAAUAUUAUCCUUAUUACCCAUCACAUCAACUAUUACUAUUACAACACAGAUGUGUUGUAUUCUUUUUAUCUAAUUGCUUUAUGCCUUAGCAGUUUAAACAGUUGUCUUGAUCCUUUCCUUUAUUUUCUGAUGUCAAAAAUUAGAAGUCAAUCCAAUAUUUAUCUCACAAUGGUUAAAAUAUCCAGGGAAAAAUGAAUUGAGUUUUAUAUUUAUAUUAUUGGAAUUAUUUUGUAUGAUAUUAACUCAGGCAGCAACAAACCUCAGGUGCAACAAUUAAACUUAAAAAA